AUGGAUAUUUUGAAUAAAAAGGUUGGAGUUCUGGGUGGAGGUCAGCUCGGAAGGAUGCUGUUUGAAUCAGCUCACAGAUUAAACAUCGAUUUGACUAUUGUUGAUCCUCAAACAGACUCUCCAGCAAAACAAUUAAGCAAUCAAAAACACAUUGAUAAAGAUUUCAAAGAUAGAGAGGCGAUAUUUGAACUAUCAAAACGGGUAAAUGUUAUUACAGCUGAGAUUGAACAUGUUGACACCAAGGCUUUGACUGAAAUCGUCGAGAGACAAAUGAUUCAAAACGAAAUUUCUAAAAGCAAUUUAAGGGAUGGAAAAGAGCAUUAUGCUAAUCACGAAGACCACACGAUGGUCUUACCAUCUCCCAAAACUAUCCAAGUCAUUCAAGAUAAAUACAUUCAACACAAGGUUUUAAAAGAGAAGGGUGUUAAAGUUGCUGAAUUUGAAUAUUGUCAGGACUAUUCUAACGCAGUGGAAAUAGGUUCUCGCUUUUCAUAUCCCCUAUUGUUAAAAGCCAGAAGAAAUGCAUACGAUGGUAGAGGGAAUGUAUUUGUAAACUCUGAAAACGAGCUUAGGGAUGCAUGGGAUAAAUUAAGCUCUAACAUCAUUCCAAGCCCCGAUAAUUCGGUCGAAGAUUCCGGUAUAUAUGCAGAAAAACUAGUUAAGUUUACUAAAGAACUAGCUGUUAUCGUUGUAAAGGGAAUAGACGACCAGAUUAUUUGUUACCCUGUUGUUGAAACUGUUCAGAGCAAUAAUAUUUGCAAUUUAGUUCUUGCACCUGCUCCAGUAAAUGGGAUUACUUGCGAAAAGGCUGAAGAAUUAGCUUGUUUGGCAGUAAAGGCAAUCACUUCAGUUCCUAAUACGAUAUCAAUAGAAUUAAAUAAUGGAGAAAAAAAAGAUAUUGAUGUAGUUUCAAAAUGUGCUGGUGUUUUUGGUGUCGAGUUAUUCUUGCUCGAAAAUGGCGAAAUCAUUGUUAAUGAAAUAGCACCAAGACCUCACAACUCUGGACAUUAUACCAUAGAAGCAUGUGACACCUCACAAUAUGAAAACCAUUUACGAUCCAUUUUGGGUUUGCCUCUGGGUUCCACUAAGCUUAAGGUUAAUUAUGCUGCCAUGAUUAAUAUUUUAGGUUUGCCAACAUCUGUUUGUGGUUCAACUGAUGGCAUGGGGUUAAUAAAAUCCAUCGUGAAUGACACUCUUCUGGUUCCUGGAUCAACUGUUCACAUGUAUGGAAAGAAAGAAGCCAAAGUUGCUCGUAAAAUGGGUCACGUCACUGUAGUUGCAAACUCUCCAGUUGAAAUGAAUAGGAGAAUACAAGCCAUUAUGCACAUAGUUUCAGGGGAGAACCAUUUAGCUAAUAACUCUGAAAAAAUCAGCAAGAUCCUAUGUGGAAGCGAUGAGACAGUUUAUCACCCAUAUAAACCCAUUCCUCUUGUAGGAAUUAUAAUGGGAUCAGACUCCGAUUUGCCUGUAAUGAAAAGUGCUGCUGAUCAGCUUAAAUCCUUCGGGGUUCCUUUUGAACUCACAAUCGUAUCUGCUCAUCGAACCCCAGAAAGGAUGGUUGAAUACGCAAAAACAGCUAAAAAACGGGGACUUAAAGUCAUAAUUGCAGGAGCUGGAGGAGCUGCACAUUUACCUGGGAUGGUUGCUGCACUUACUUCCUUGCCAGUAAUUGGAGUUCCUGUUAAGGGUCGUUGUUUGGACGGAGUUGACUCACUUUAUUCUAUUGUUCAAAUGCCUAGAGGAAUCCCAGUUGCAACCGUUGCUAUAAAUAAUGCCGAUAACGCAGGUUUAUUAGCAGUUAGAAUCCUGGGAGGAACCUUUGAUUUAUAUUCAGAUAGAAUGUUGGGCUACCUUGAUAAAAUUAGAUUGGAAGUCGAGGGCAAAAUUGAAAAGCUGGAUUCUGUAGGAUACGAGAAUUAUUAG